AUGCCUAUAACUGAUGUAACCAAGUCACAUUCGCCGUCGUCUUCUGAAACUGUAAUAUUUCAACCUUUAAAUAUUCCUGGUGCAUUUCCUAAACCAGAUGUACGUCAAACUUAUUUGAUUAAAAAGUAUUUCAUAAUCUGGCAAAAAAAUGUUAAGAAAAUAAAGGAAAAUAAGAUGAAAGCGUCAAAUAUUAGAAUAUAUAACAUAAAAUUAUCUGUUUUUUCAACCUGGAUGAGACUUCUCAAGGAAAGGAAGUUAAUUAAAAGUUUAAUUAGAGGAGAAAGUUCUCAAUUUAAAAUAAUAAAUGAAAUUCUGGAACCUAUUCCAAUAUUGAAAUCAUCUCGAGUAGAACGGCGAAAAACCCGUUUUAAUAAAAAAUUAAGAUUCAAUGAACAAAAGCAAGUUCAUAUAUUUGAACCCAUCAAGAAUGAUCCGAUAUGUUACAUUGAUGAAAAUAUGGAAUUAGAUGAAACGGAAGAUAAUGAUGAUAAAAGUUCAAUAGAUAUGAAAUUAUAUAAUUUAGAUGACGCGGAAAAUCGUUUAAUGGAUAUUGAAAAAGAUUCAUUAAAAGAAAUUGCAUUUUUAGAUAGACAAGUUAAUCAAGAUAUGAUGAUCGAGGUUGAUAGUAAAGUUCUAAAUGGGUUAAAGGGAAUAAAGGGGAUAAACAGGAUGACAGCACAGGAAUUUGCGAAAUUUUAUGAGCAAAAAUAUUUAAAAUAUGCCAAAAGAAAAAAAAAUUCAGUAUGGAAAGAUGCGCUUAGAAUGUAUAGGUUUGGUAGUUUCGAAAGUAAAGAAAGGCAAAAAAAAUUAUUGUGUUUGAUUUAA